AUGACUACUUACAUUAUCAAGGGUGUUCGAUUAUUUGAUGGCUUUAAGGCUCACCAGGAGCCCAAGUCAGUGCUCGUGGCAGGAGGGGAGAUCAAGCAGAUUGAAGGAUCUAUCAGGUGUGUUACAAAAGACGCUGUUGUGAUCGACGGGAAAGGAUGCACGCUUCUCCCAGGUCUUAUUGAUGCCCACACGCACGUCUUUCGUGGCGUAGAGGAGGCUCGAGGGGCACUUACAGCUGGCGUUACUACGCUUUUCGAUAUGCAUAAUGUUCCUGCCAAUGCGAUGUACAUGAAGAAGCUGGGUGAGAUGACGAACGACGUGCCGCAGAUCUACAGUGCUUUGUAUGCUGCCACCAUUGAUGGAGGCUGGCCACGGGCGAUUGUGCGUCACACAAACACGGACCCUCAGGUACUCGCCAGUCUUGACGGAUAUCCCAAGCUCACGACGCCGGAAGAGGCAGCCGUCUACGUGAAACAGAACAAGGAGGCGGGCGCAGAUUUCAUCAAAUUGAUGCAAGAAAGCGGCGAGUGCCUGACGCUCUCCCCAUUACCCGCGCCUACCAGAGAAUUGCAAGCUGCGGUCAUCAACGCUGCGCACAAAUACGGCCUUCUGACUUUUGCUCAUGCCACUAAUCUACGGGAGACGCUGCUGGUUCUCGAAGCUGGCGUCGAUGGCAUGGCCCACCAAUUCUUCGAUCAGGCUCAUACUGAGGAUCUUAUCGCUGCGUACAAGACCACUAACGCACUCCUCAUCCCUACUUUAACCGCGAUCAGCUCGAUGAUGGGCCUGACUACCGCGCGUGAGUGGACGAAGACCGAGCACGCCGACCAAGUACUGAGCCCUCCUACGCGCCAAAGCAUGUGUGAUUGCAUGAAGAUCUCCCGACCGGGUUGUAGCAUCGAGUUUGCGUAUGCAUGUAUCAAAGCACUGAAGGCCGAGGGUAUUGACAUCGUUUGCGGCACCGACUCUGGGCCUUCUAUCCAUGGUACGGGAAUGGGAGCUGCCAUGCAUCUGGAAAUGUCGCUGUACGUGGACAAAUGUGGCUUCAGUCCAGUCGAAGCACUGAGCUCGGCCACAGGAGUUUCUGCGAAGCGAUUGAAUCUACCCGAUCGCGGUCAAGUGGCCGUUGGCAAGCGGGCUGACUUGAUUCUUGUGAGAGGUGAUCCGACUAAAAACAUCAACGACACCACGAAUAUCGAGAAGGUUUGGAAAAAGGGGGUAUUGUGUGAUAUUCCCCGGAGUGGGUGA